AUGGUGUCCUACUACGCCCCAAAGGGGAAGGGCGGCGCUGAGCCAUUCGCGACCUACAGCUUGGAGGAGGAAACACCACCCGUGCCGGACGUGCCGGGCAGAAACACAGAGGAGCAGAGGCCCUCCUCCGCUUCGAGCUCGUCGGUUUCCUAUUACGGCUCCUUGGCGGGCAGGGGCCUGAAGAAGGCCUCCGUGGUGCUGUCUGCCACCGAUGCUGCUAUGCGCGAGGGACGGUCUGGAUUGGAGAAUCUUCAGCGUCGACAGGUGCUGGGAUCGCUCCACAUGGCAAGGAGCAUGGAGGAGCUGCAGGCUGUCAUUGAGACGAGGCUGCCCGAGAUGGACAACUUUGCAUGCACCGUGGCAUUGCAUCGUCUGGCGCGCUGUAGUCACGACGUGGACCAACAUGUCCGAAAUGAUCGGAUGGUGCGCCCUGAAGCGGUGAACCCGACACGCACGUCGCUUUCUCAGAGAGAACAGCGACUGUGGCGGGCCAGCCUCUCUGCCUCUGCGAAGCAGCAUCCAUCCUUUGCAGUCCUGAUUGCUCGGCUGGGAGACGCGGAAGCGCUGAAACAGGCGCAGCCGCGGCAACUGGCCAACAUGUCCUGGGCCCUGGCGCGGCUCCGAGCCCUUGAGGGCCUUCCCCUCCUCCGGACCGCCGCCACGCGCUGCGCUGGUCGACAAGGGCCAGGUGAUUGGGAUCCCAUGAGCAUCUCCCUGAUCCCCUGGAGCCUGGCCACCAUGGGCAUCCCAGAACUCCGAAGCGCUUCGGAGAUUCUGGACAUGGUUAGGUCCAUCAACACAGCCAUCCGAGAGCAAGGCAGCGCCGCGUGGGCACCAGGCGACCUCUCUCGAGUGCUGUGGUCGUGGGCGAAGUUGGCACAACGUGAUGACACGUUCUUCCGCAGAGCGAGCUGCUUGAUCAUGUCGCGCAUUCCGGAGUACACGCCGAGCCAGCUGGCACAGACCGUUUGGGCAUUUGCCACUGUGGCGCCCCAGGACGCCUGCGGGCACUUCUUCCCAAAGGCUGCCGAUGCCAUGUUACGCGGUGGGGAAGUUUGCGGGGCCCCACUGCAGGGCUCAGGGCUGACCGCGUACACGCCGCAGCAUCUUGCCAUGGCUGUCUGGUCCUUUGCAGCCGUUUUGUAUCGGCCGGAAGAGCUGUUGGAGCAGAUCGGUAAGGUGGUGCCAGACAAGCUGGAGAAGUUGAACCCACAAGAUAUCUCCACAACCUCAUGGGCUUUCACCACCCUUUUGGCCAAGGAUCGGUCCAUCUACGAAGUGUUGGCGGCAACUUCUGUCCGAACACUCCGCGAGUUCAACAACCAGGAUUUGUCCAACACUGUUUGGGCCUUUGCAUCUGCGGGCGAAUACGACGUCGGCUUCAUGGAUGCUGUUGCCGCGGAGACCUGCAAGCGCGGCGAGGAUUUCCACGGGCAGCAUCUUGCCAUGGUUGCUUGGGCCUUCAUCACCCUCCGCCAUCGUCAUGAUCCGCUCUUGCGCGUGAUCGGACAGAUCACGAAUGGCUAUCGAGGGUUAGGAACCUGGAGCAACGCGAAACUCUUGGCGUUCUCCUUUGCGGGUCUCCCGCGGCUGGGCCCAGAUGCCCGGCUGGGCUCCGAGGCCUGGACCGUCGGAGCCGUGCGCAAGCUGCUGGACCAGUUCUACGACCGCUUUCAGGCAGGAACUGGAGAGGUCGACGCCGACGAUGCCUGGGUCGUCCAUGAUGCGGUGCUUCCAUGGCUGGGCCUGCCGGGGAGCAGAGAGCUGCGAGCAUCCGGAGCGUGGGAAGCGUUGAAUCAGCUUCUGGCAACGCAACGACUGCGCUUGCAAGGCAUGCUGGAAGCCUCGGAGGAGUUCGCUGCCAUCCUUGUUUCCGAGCAGCGACCGGAGACGAGCAUUAUCCGACGAUAUCAGGAGUGUUUGCAGACCUUCCACAUUCGCGGCCUGGGUAGCGACCACACCUGGCGGCUUCUCGCGGGCUUCGGAGCCCUGCCGGUGGCAGCGGAGGAGGUGGCCGCCUUACGCGCCGGGACUAUUGAGCAGAGCGCGUCGAAGGCGCAGACUCGCGUGGAUGGCCGAGGAGAGCGGCAGAACUGGUGCUUUUUCCGGGCCUCGGUGCACGUUUGUGCUGCCCAGCCGCUUGUUGCUGCUGAAACUGGCCGGCUGCUGAAUAGCUCCGUCGUGAAGUACCGUGAGGACUGUGCCGGAUUCAUCCACGUGAAGCUGCAUCACGACCGGGUGGACCAUCGAGCCUGGGAUGCCGAAUUCCGGGCCAUGGCGCGCACGGCCGCGGCGGCGAGGGCUCUCCUGCAGGUACCGACCCUGAGUCCAGAGGAGGCUUCGCUUCAGGCGCAGGAGAUGCUCCGCACAGGCGCCCGGCCCGAGGCAGAACUACCACGUGUGGUCACCAGGGAUGCCGAGGCCUCUGUGCAAGGCCAACUGCAGCUCUUCAUGACCGAGGCCAUCCCUUUUCUGAAGCUCUUUCGAACUAACUAA